CCCCCCCCGCCCAGCCUCAGUUCCACUGUGAGGACUGGGCCGAAGGGCCCCCUGGGGCAGCAUCAGGAUGAGUCUGGGCAUCAUGGAGGAGGAAGACCUGGCUGAGUACUUUCGGCUGCAGUAUGGGGAGAGGCUGCUACAACUGUUGCAGAAGUUCCCGAACAUUGAGAACCAGUCGGAGUCUCCCUCCAUCCGGCUCCUGGAGAAGAAGAAGGAAGCCAAGAUCAUGCACCGCGCUAUGGAGCAGAAGAAGGAGAUAUUUCAGCGCCGAAUGGAAACCCUGAACCUGCGCUGGGAGGAGCUGGGUGUCAAGGAGGCCCAGCUGAAGGCCCACAUCCAGAAGUUCGAGCAGUUCAUCCAGGAGAACGACCAGAAACGGAUCCGGGCCCUGAAGAAGGCCAACAAGGAGCGGGAACUGAAGAGGCAGCGCCUGCGCGAGCUGGCCAUGGCCAAGCAGGAGAUGGCGGCCUUGCGGCUGGAGCACCAGAGGCUGAGCGGGAGGCUGCAGGACUACUCCAUCUUCAACAAGUACCUGGAGAAGGUGGUGGAGAGCUCGGAGUUCGAGGAGAUCCAUGAGGUGAUUUCACGCUACAAGACGCUGGUAAGCAUGCACCAGGACCUGAUGCAGUCGGCGCAGGAGGGCCAGGAGAAGAUCGAGCGCGCCAAGGCGCGGCUGGCGCACUACAUGGAGGAGAAGGACGAUGAGAUCCUGCAGCACAACAACGAGCUGGCGCGGCUGCAGAUGCGCUUUGACCGCGCUCGCAGCGAUGUCAUUAUCUGGGAAUCUCGCUGGGCUCACAUCCAGAACACCGCCGCCAAGAAGACCCUCUUGCUUGGUACCAUUAAGAUGGCGACGCUGAACCUCUUCCAGAUCGUGAGCAAGCAGCUGAAGGAGACCACCACCGUGUCCCUGGAGGACACGCACAAACAGCUGGACAUGGUAAGAGGGAGUGCAAGUGCCCUGCCCAGCUGGGUCUAUUCAGCGGAGACGGUCGUCGGUUGGUCCAAGGCGAGAAUGAACCCCCCCAGGGCGGUGGUUCUCAAGUUCAGCAGGAUCUGAGUCCCCUGCGGGCUGGGGGCUGUGGCUGGGCCCCAGCUCUGGAGUGUCUGACUCAGUAGGUCUGAGAUAAGAACCCGUGAAUUUCCAGUUUUCAACACGUUCCCAGAUGAUGGUGCUUGCCUGGGUUCUGCGCUUUUGAGAACCCCCGCAUUAGCGCUAAGACCCUGUUGGCCAUAGUCAACGUGGGCAAGGGCGGGAUCCCUGUAGAAUCCGGUACUUGUGCACAUCAGUCCUACUGAAUUCUAGAGAGAGGCUGAAGGCUCGCACCAUGGCCCAUUCUUGGAAAAAGAGAGUUGCGGGGGUAGGAGGAGGAAUCCACAAGUUUAAGGAAGUGUUAGGGUCUUACUAGUACCAAUCUGACGUUUUCUCUUUGAAGUAACUGAAAGGAGGGGUGCGGGGGGGUUGGCUCUGUGGGUUAAGCGUCUGCCUUCAGCUCAGGUCAUGAUCCCGGGUCCUGCUCAGUGGGCGUCUGCUGCUCCCUCUCCCUCUGCCUCUUCCCCUGCUUGUGU